AAACAAUUCAUAUAUUGAAGAUAAGAAUUAUAGAGUAGCUACUCUCUGGAAUGAUUAACUGAAAAAUAUUUCUAUUUUCAAAUAUAACCAGUAUUGUUGUAUGAAGAAAUCAGUCUAUUGUUUUAGUGCUUGUGUAAGUUAUUUUAGGGCAAUCUUGCCAAGACAUUUUUGCAUAAUCUCCAGGGUCGUCAUUUUCUCUGGCAACAGACAAAUGAUGUCGAUUGUUAUCGGAGCAAUUGCAAAACUAUGUCACGGACUCUUCCAUCCCUGCGCCAAUGGGCCCGAUAUGCGACCAAUUAUCCAGUUAGCUGCAGCGGUAGGGGUUGUCUUUUAAGAAGCUCAUUCAAUAAACUGGCAGCGCGACGAUUCUACGCUUCAGUGUCCGCGGCAGAGCUCCGCUUCGGACAACCUCUUCACGAAACACAUCCACAUAUCCUAAAAGCUGGGGAAUUGACGCCCGGUAUUACCGCCCUCGAAUAUGCCCAUCGCCGCUCCAAGCUUGCGUCAAAGCUACCCAAGAACGCAAUUGCGGUCGUCGCCGCUUCGGACAUAAAAUAUAGAUCAGGGAGCGUUUUCUACGAGUACCACCAAGAUCCGGAUUUCUUCUAUCUUACCGGUUUUAAUGAGCCCGGCGCAUUAGCUAUUAUUGGAAAUGACGGUUCGGAUAAUGAUCAUAUCUUCCACCUCUACGUUCGCGAGAAAGACCCAAAAGCGGAGCUAUGGGAAGGGGCCCGGUCGGGAGUCCAGGCCGCGAUUGACGUUUUUAAUGCUGAUAUAAGCGGCAGCAUUGACGAUAUCAGCACAUCUCCUCCAUCGAUCCUUUCAGAUGCUUCUACAAUAUAUACAGACCUCAGGCUUACCGACCCGUCGCGAUCGUCUUUAUCUCGUUUCUUUUCUUUGCUCAAGCAGAAAAACGGUGUAUUAGAGAAAUUUAUGGCUUCACACAAAAUGAGGGCAUUGCGCCCAGUUCUCAACGAAUUACGGAUCUAUAAAAGUGAAGGGGAGAUACAAAAUAUGCGAAAGGCGGGACAAGCUUCAGGCCGGGCUUUUACAGAGGCUAUGAGAAAUGGAUUUACGAAGGAGAAGGAUAUCCAUGCGUUUUUAGAGUACCAAUUCAAAAUGAAUGGCUGUGAUGGCCCGGCUUUUGUGCCUGUUGUUGCUGGUGGCCAGAAUGCGCUAAGCAUCCACUACGUCAGAAACGACGAUGUACUCAGAAACGAAGACAUGGUCCUUGUUGAUGGCGGUGGUGAAUAUGGAGGCUAUAUAUCUGACAUUACGCGCACUUGGCCAGUUAAUGGCAAAUUUUCAGAGCCACAGAAGGAAUUGUACAAUGCCAUUCUGAGCGUGCAGCGUACAUGUGUAUCGCUAUGUCGUGAAUCUGCUGGCCUCUCGCUUGAUAUGCUACACGGCAUUGCGGAAAAGGGCUUACGAGAACAACUCAAGGCGCUUGGCUUUGAUGUGUCUGGAAGCGCCAUGGCAACUUUGUUCCCUCACCAUCUGGGACAUUACAUUGGAUUGGAUGUGCAUGACUGCUUGGGAUAUUCAAGAAAUCUCGAACUUGAGGCGGGGCAAUGUAUAACAAUUGAGCCUGGUAUUUACGUCCCAGACGACGAGCGGUGGCCGAAACAUUUUCGAGGAAUCGGAAUACGAAUUGAGGAUAGUGUUUGCAUUGGAGAAGAGAACCCGCUUAUUCUGACUACAGAAGCGGUGAAAGAGAUCGAUGACAUUGAAGCUCUGCGAUAGGCACAACUGUUUCUGUCCAUGAGGUGAUAUUUGUCUACUGUACAAUAAAACAGGUGUAAAUUUUGUAUUCCUUGAUCUAUUGUAGUUUGUUUUCAAGUGUUUAGGCCGGUGUCGGUCAUGGAAGAACAACAACUUUGUAAAAUAUAUCAAAUUCACACUUCAUAAUCUCAUAUGAGAUAUAGUUCAGAAUUGCUUUAUUUUAUUACCGUCUCCGAAAGCUGCAUGUCAACUGCACGAACCCCUUAACGACGAAGUUGGCUGGCGGUAAACAGCGCUAGUAGGGUUAGGGUUUGC